AUAAAUGUUUGCUCUUUCAGAAAAUCAAUAUUAUGAUUAAGCAUGCCUGACCGAUUAUGAUGAUAUAAUGUUACCACGUGGACUGCACCUUCGAGUUCUUUCAGCAGAAGGGAAUACAACUUAAAUAAUGGAUUAUUCAGUUCUAUUGGUAUAUGAGAAUGAUGGAACACACAUAGUAGACAUAGUUAGCAAACACUUAACAGAAUAUAACACGAAAGUAUAUACUUCAAAAUUAUUGCAGAUUAUUGAUCCGCCGGCGUAUUGUACAACAGUGCUUAUCCUUACACCCGGAAUGUUAUCGGUUUUAAAGUCUUCGAGUUCACCUGACCUUUCACAUCUUCAACACAACAAGAGCAAGUGUGCCUUGUUUGUUCAUGAAUCUAUUAACAUUAACAGUGUAUCUGUUCAAGAAAUACUCCGUAACAAUCUUCCCUCCUUUCCAGAAUGGAUUGUUUACCACUUUGCAAAGAAGGUUCGACCACUCAUUCUUCAAAUUUUAGAACUAAUUGAAAUAGAAGAAGAGGAUGCCGACCCCGAACUGCACCUUGUAUCCAAUAUCACGCUCUACCCAGACACUGAGUGGGAAGAGAACCAAAGAGUGUUCAUUUCUUUUAACUCCACGAGAGAAAAAGAGGAUAAAGUAGAAGUAGAAAUAAACAGUAAUCUGAUUCAAACCACGUGGGUCAAUCCUCAUACCUCAACAUUCACAGUUACUGACAGUUGUGGCUGUGGUAAGCGGGCGGUGACGGUAUGUGUGAACGAGAUUCCAGUAGGUACAGCUCAGGUGUUUAUCAAAGACAAGAACCAAACUCUUGUAGAAGAAAUAAACGAUGUGACGUCACCUCUUCAUUACCUGAAAGAAAUCCUGAAUAGCAUACAGGACCAGGAGGAGAUGAUUUAUUCAAUAACGACGGAAUCUCUGAUACUUGAAGGAACAAAAAAGUUACUGAAAACAUUGCAUAAAAAGUCGCAAGAAUGUGAUAAAAAGGAAAACCCAAAUACUGGAUGUAAACAAACCCCAGAGGAACAUACCAUUAUUUCUCCAGAGAACGCUGACGUUGUCAGAUUGAGGCCAACCAGAGAGACCAUCAGGAAUAGAAGACUUCUGUCAAGUAAACAUCUCUUUAUUUGCAUUCGUCUUCUCAAUGACAAUCGCCAGUCUCAGCGGAUAUCUCUUGCCCAACAAAAGUUAAGUUUGGAAGAAGAGUUGCCCUCCAUAAAACAUGAUGAUGAGCUUCUGAAAUCCCUACCAUCCGACUUCUUUGACUCUAUUCAGAAGUAGCCUAAGGUGGUCUCUUAGAUGGGUAUUCUUCACAAACAAGAGGUUCCAGUGCUCUAUAACAGUUGCGGGGACGUCUGUGGAUCGGUGGAUUAUUCUCAAUGCAUUAAUACAUAUUCCGGUGAAGAAAAAAAGCUGCAAUAUCAGUUGGAAAUGAAUAUUCUUUGAGUAAAUGGAACCAAGUCUCGACGUACUUAUGAUGAGUUCACUAUUGUUAUUGGCUAUCUCAGUUCAAUGUGCACGUCUUCCUCCUGAACUAAACCCUCAUGAUGUGCAGUUUUCAAAUCUCCAUUAACAUCCCCAUUGCAUAUUGUCGUUGAAAACUUAAAAUAAUAUAUAAAUAUUAAUAAAAAUAAAACUUAAUGAUACCUCGA